AUGAUCGAUGUUUGCCCAGUUCUACUGACUGUAGAAGACACGUUUCCCAUUUUUGGGCGCCCGCCCCCGCCCCGCCCCAGCUCGGCGCCCGCCUCUCCCGCGGCCGGCGGAGGAGACCGAGGGCGACACAUUGCUGCACUUGCUCCCGUGCGGCCGGCCAUGUUCCUGCGUCUGGGGCUGCUUCUGCUGUCCGUUGGGGCAACCAAUAUAAUCCUGUGUGAACAAGAUGAGUAUUUAUCUGAUGAUGGCCUCUGCUGUCGACUCUGCCCAGCAGGCUUCCGGGUCAGCCAGCCGUGCUCGGAGAACCAUGGCAUGGUGAAGUGUGUCUCUUGUGAGGCUGGGACCUUCAUGAAGCAUCCCAACGGCCAGAACUCCUGCUUCAAGUGCUCACAGUGCGGGGCUGACCAGGAGACGGUAGCUGCAUGCAACCAGACAGCCGACCAGCAGUGCCAGUGCAGGAGCGGCUACUUCUGCCCCCAGGAUGAGCACUGUCCAGAGCACUGUUUCCGGUGUAGCAGUUGCCCUCAUGGUAUUCUUCGACCGUGCCAUGCCACAGAGGACUCGGUGUGUGCAUCGUCCCCUCCACAGCCUGGCUCUCACUACACUCUGGGACUCCCAACUUGGGCCAUGGUGGUUACCUCCAUCAUCUGCAUCUUCUUCCUCGCUUGUUACCUUGUUAAGAGAUUCAGAAGCAGCAGCGAGGCUGAUUAUCCAGAACCACAUGGAGGACCCUGGGGAGCCUGGAGGACUGACGUGGAGCCAGCGUCCUGAAGAAUGUCACGAUGCCUUUAUUGUGGAACAGUUGGCUUAGUGGGAUUCUUGGCAAAAGAAGCUCCACAGAGGCCAACAGUCCUCUACUCUGGAGGCCGAGAUCUGAGGAUCCUGGC